CGUUCAUGUGCCCACAGGUCUUCAGUCAUCCGAGCGCGUCCGUUGGCAAUUGCCAGCUAGUUCGGGGCUCGAUGCGCUCGUUGCCCUCUGCCUCUUGCACAUGCUUUGCCAGCUCGACAGCGCUCCCUGUUGCUCGUUUCGAUCUUACCUGUACCGGGACACCCAUCCGUUGUGCAGCUUCCGCGACUCGCGCCGGACCGUAGUCAACCACGCAUGACCAUUUAAGCAUGCCGGACUCUGACCGCAAUUAUACCUAGAUAUCUUACUAUACUAAGGAACGGUCCCAGUGCGUUCAAACAUCCACCCGCACCAACCCCCUGCACAUAUUCUCGACUCCUUCCACGCAAUAUUCCCUCUCCACCAGGCGCAUCCGGCACUCCCAGCCCCCACGACGCUUGCGCAUGGCGUACCAACACCGAUGUCAUUCCUGUCCGACGCAGUGUUCUCGGGAAGCAGCACGCGACUGCACGUAGGAGGGAUUCAGCACAGCGGUGGGGACUUUAUCCGAAAGAGCAAGAGUCAUGGCGGAUUCCUGUCACCGCUCUCGAAACUCGUGCGCAACCCCGUACAAUCGAUAGGGGAUGCAGUCGGCAGCCACUAUAGUGCACCUUCCCAAGAAGUGCUGGACGAAGAUGCAGGCCGGAAGCAGAUCCUGUACCUGCGCCUGAAGAACGCUGAAACGUACCACGAAUGGAAAGCCGCGGCAAUCGACCUUGACAUUCUAGAAGGGAACAACGCCUGGAAGGACGAAGAUGAGUCGCCGGAAUAUGACGCAGCCCUGGUCGCAGCUCGUCUUCGGGAGCUGGACGAUGCUCGGCUAAGCUGCGACGUGACGAAGAUGUUGUUCUUGUUGCGGACAACACUGACUCGAGACCUCGGUGACAUGGGUGGACUACGAUUGUACAAGCACUCCCAUAUCGGCACGAAGCGGCUGAUCGAGCGGUACAUCGAAUCGGCACAGCAGACUAUGGAAGCACUGCUCGACGUUUCAGCCAAACAAGGAGACGCCUGCCCCAUUGAUCCGGAAACACUUACCCAAUCACUCUUGCAAGCACGUCAGUCCUUUGGACGCAGCGCACUGCUCCUAUCAGGAGGUGGGACUCUUGGCAUGAACCACGUUGGAGUUGUUAAGAGCCUGUGGGACAAUGGCCUUUUGCCGCGCAUCAUCUCUGGAGCAUCUGCAGGAAGUAUCGUCUGCGCUGUCUUGUGCACAAAAACCGACGCAGAAAUCCCGGACGUUCUGCACGACUUCUGCUAUGGAGACCUGGACGUCUUCGAGAAAGCUGGCGAACCCGAGAGUAUUCUGCGGAAAGUAGUACGUUUGUGUCAAACUGGUACCCUGUUCGACAUGUCACACCUGAAAAGGGUUAUGCGGCAGAUGGUCGGCGACAUGACCUUCCAGGAAUCGUACAACCGUACUCGGCGCAUACUCAACAUUCCUGUAUCGACCUCAUCGAUCUACGAGCUACCGAGACUGCUGAACUAUAUCACAGCGCCCAAUGUCAUGAUCUGGUCGGCGGUAUGCACAUCAUGUUCUGUGCCUCUCGUAUACGCACAGUCUGAGCUCAUGGCCAAAGAUUUGAAGACAGGCAAGGAAGUGCCCUGGGAUGCCGACCCUGAUGCCAAGUGGAUCGAUGGUUCCGUGGACAACGACCUUCCCAUGACACGCCUUGCAGAAAUGUUCAACGUCAAUCAUUUCGUCGUAUCACAAGUCAACCCACACGUGGUUCCAUUCUUAGAGAAAGAAGAGGACCUCGUGGCUGCCGAAGCACAGGGCACUGCAGUUCCAGCUGGUCCCCAUUGGUUGAGUAGUGUAGCAAGCUUAGCCAAGGGCGAGGUCUUGCACCGACUGCAAGUCAUCGCGGACAUAGGAAUCUUCCCUACCUACGUGACCAAGCUUAGAGGGCUACUCAGCCAGCGCUAUUCGGGCGACAUCAAUAUCUUUCCUGCGAUAUCGUACGCCGAUUUCCCUAGGGUUCUCAGCAAUCCGACAACAGAGUACAUGCUCGGAUGUCUCCUGACAGGGCAGAGGGCUACAUGGCCCAAGCUGUCGCGGAUACAGAACCACGUCACAAUUGAGCUCGCUCUUGACAACCUAAUCCAGAAAUUUAGAGCACGCACUGUGUUCAGCUCAGCACAGACGGAAGCUCAUCCCAGCACCCUAUCACGGCCGAAUUCCCUGGACUAUGAAUCUUCAUUGGCACCUCGAACACGACCGAAUAGCAAGACGCUACGGUUUGUAACCAAGACCGAACCUUCCAGUCCGGUAUUGUCGAAAAAGGAUCCCUUCAGUCCGCUUCUGUCGCGCUCAACUCCUAGGCUACCUUCAUAUGACAGCCACAGCUCGGCUCGAAACCAGACUUUAGAAGUUCCUAUUCCAUCAGGCAACCGUACGUCAGACACCAUAUCAACAUCCACCAACCUUGACGACUCAUCCGACAAAGAAUACUACGCAGAGGUAGACUCGGACACUUCUGAAGUGUUUUCUUCUCCAUCACCUAUCGUAUCACCAUCUUCGUAUGGCCCGACACUAUGGCCAACUACCCGUCAUACGUCUCUACUUACCAUCUCCGCUCCUGCGACGCCCGCGAUAUCGACUUCGUCUGAUCGUCAUAUCGGCACACUACUCAACCUCAAGAUGACUCCAGCUUCUAGCAAUGUGCCUGCACCGAGCUCGCCUGAGCUCCGCUACAAGCGCCUUUACCACCCAUCUGGACCUACAGCACCUGAAGUCAGCUUCAAGCCUCCAACACCCACCCACAUGGAGUCUCUAUGUUCUGUCACACCUUCGACUCCCAACAGGAGUCCCGUACACAGCAGGCGUGGAAGCAACGCAGGGCUUGUGCUCGAUAUUUCUGGCGCAAGAGGUAUGCUGCGACGCAAGAAGAGCGCGGUUAAUUUCCAGGAGAGCUACUUUGGGUAAACAAUACCUUUCACCUCCUUCUCAUGCAUGGAUUUCACCUACAGGGUCGUUCUGUCGCUUUAAGCCGGCUUUCAUAUAAGACAGAAGCAUGUUUUAGGGUUUAGACUAAUGGUUCUGGGCAUAGAGCGGAAGAUGAUACACAUACACUAUGUCGUAACGCUGAAGAUGGAGCUGGGUAUGCAAGACAUUACUAGCAUCGAUACAAUAAAUACAAAAACAGAACAAUGUCAAAUAACCGAAACAGUAGCCUGGAGGCUGU